CGUGCCACUUUGCAGGUUCCCAAACUCAUUUCCCGUGGCACAGUUUUUUCAAGUUUUUGAAAUGAAAAAUCCUUCAUAACAAGUUGUAUGUAUCAUGUUUUCCGCGCAUUCCUACCUGUGUUGAUCACUUAGCUUGCGGGUUCUGGAUUGUGCGUCUCGGAAAACAUGUAAAAAUCGUUGAGAAGCAGCGAAUAUGCUGACCUCGCCAGUUUGAGUUGUGGGUGGAAACUGGAAAACAUCCCGAAUCUUGAAAAUGUUAUUCCUUGUAAAAAUUACUUAUGGUGCCUUAUCCCGCUUCUGUUCCAAAACUCCCAAAUAUUUGAAAUUAUUUGUAUCUCUGGAUUCAUAAUUUGACUGAUGGUCGACAGACUACGCAGUGUUUGUUUGAUUGAUUUGAGUAGUUGACUGUCAAGUGUCAACGCUGCAUCGCAUCGUGUGGUUGGUCUUCUGACGACGUUUCCUUCGUCCUACACGGGAUCAUGGCCGAACACCCCAUGUACACGAUCAUGGACCAGGACAUUCCCGAGGCGCAGGAGAGCCUGCGGAGCAGCCACGUUAACCUGGAACAAGUGGCUCGCUACUGCAAAGUCAACUACAUUCAGGCGGAAGACAAGCGGCACGCUCUGGACGAGACGAAGAACUACGCGACGCAGGCGCUGGCCAGCGUGGCCUACCAGAUCAACGCCUUCUCCUACCAUCUCAUGCAGCUCUUCGACCACCAGGACGUCCAGCUGGCCGAGAUGGAGUCGCAGCUGCGCCACGUCGACCAGAAUGUGAUGGUGCACAAGGAGAAGAUUGCGCGCCGCGAGAUCGGCGCGCUGGCCACGACGAACAAACCGAUGCAGCGCCAGCAGAAGUUCCUGCAGCCGCCGCACCCGGAGCGCGCCAUCCGCUACGUGCGCAAGCCCAUCGACUACAGCGUGCUGGACGACGUCGGCCACGGCAUCAAGACCUCCGCCACGCCGCAGCAGCCGCGCGCGGCCCCCGCCACCGUCCGCAAGACCGGCUCCACCCUCACCGACACCAGCUCCAUGAGCUCGGGACCCUCCAGCACCUACGACACCGCCGCCAUCUACCGCAAGACCGGCGUGACGGCCGGCGGGACCCUGUCGCGCGGCGGCGGACCCCCGGGCAGCCAGCGCAACGCCUCCGACUACCGCGCCCCGGUGCCCCCGCCGCCCCCCGUCGUCCCGCCCAUCGCGCUGCCCGCGGCGGCCGUCCACGGGGCCGGCGCCAAGCAGUACGUCAGCGCGGCGCCGACGCCCAGUCAGACGCACCGCGGCGGCGACUACUUCUUCCCCCCGGGCAGUGCGGUGCCGCAGCGCGGGGCGCCGCAGCCGCCGCCACCGCCCGCGCAGCCCAGUCCGGUGCCGGGAUCGGCGCAGUCCCACUACGCCAGUCAGAAGCAGAUGUUCCAGUUCCCAGCUACCGGUGCGGGCUCGAUGUCGUCGCCCCGGAAGCUCUCAACCGGUUCGAACGGCGGCUACGGCGGCCUGCCGUUGUCCAACGGCCACGGCAGCAACCACCACCUGCCCUACCACACCAACAUCCACUCGCCCCUGCCGCCGCCGCCACCGCCCGUCGACGGCGCCUACGGCAACGGAAUACCCUCCUCGCGGACCAGCUACAACGGCUCGAUGGGCCGUGCCGCCGGCAUGAUGGUGGCGCCGGUGGCCUUCCCCUCCGCCAGUGCUAAUGCGAAUGCGCCGGCCUCGCGGACGUCCCUCAACGGCAACGACCACAUGCCGCCGCUGCCUCCGCCGCCGCCCGAGCCCAUGAUGCUGCGCAACGGAUACGCCGACGGGCCGCUGCACAGUGUGCACAUGCACAACGGCCAGAUGGACUGGACGCCCAAGAUCUUCCUCGAGAAAGUGGUGGCCAUUUACGACUACCAGGCCGACAAGGACGACGAGCUCAGCUUCAACGAGAACCAGGUGAUCUACGUGGUGAAGAAGAACGACGACGGCUGGUACGAGGGCGUCAUGGAGCCGGGCCUGCGCGGCCUCUUCCCCGGCAACUACGUCGAGCCCUGCGGCUGAAAUCAGCCGAGGCACUGGCGUCGUACGCCGCCCGCAUCGAUUCCCGAUUGCUGCGCUUCCUCUCUUUUUUAUUCUUUUUAAUUCAACGGCGUUUUUGUGCGUUUUGUACGGUUGCCAACGGAGGCCGUGUGCAGCGGCUGUUGUAAUAAUUGUUGUCUUUUUAUUUGUUGGAACGCCCGAUCGAAGGAUGCACAUCUUCUCGGUCUGUUCAGCGCAGUCUUCUCGUAUUUGUAACAGAGAGUUUUUAACAGGUUUUACUGGCUUUUACCGUUUUUACCCCGCCGCUGUCGUGCUGCGGCAACGUGUUCGUUUCGUCACUGUGCCAAUUUUAUUUGCCUAGUUCUUUUUUAUUUCUGUCAGAGAAAGUGAAUGGCAUUAUUAAAUUCCAA